UUCUAGUCCCCUUGAAAGAGCAAGCUGAGAAAUUUCUCUUCAGGCAGCUCCUGACAUCACAUCCUUUCCACUAAGAGGGUCCUACUUCAUCAGCCACCAAACUAGUCUCUGUUCAUCUGUGCCGCCUUUGAAGACAACUUGCAAAAAGAGAAAAUGGACAGAUUUUUUUCUUUCCUGUGGCCCCUUAGUCUGAUUCCAUGGUGCUGCUGCUGGUCCCAAACUAUGUUGGAAAUCAAGAUGAUCAGUCAUCCUCCCCAAGCCCUUAAUACCAAAGUGGAAUUGAAAUGUGAGACCACCUACAUGGAUGCUGGGGUGUUCUGGAUCCGUCAUAAACGGGACUACAGUACUGACUUCAUCUUACAUGUCUCUGCAAGGUCCAAAAUGACACCGGAACGUGUCACAGGCUACAAAUCAUCAAAAAAGUCUACCUUCUACCAGCUAACUAUUCCCAGCUUCAAGGAGGAGAAUCAGGGUAUCUAUCAGUGCGUUCUUUUCCGCAACCAGGCCCUGCACUUCAGUUCAGGCCUCCAAGUGUACCUGCCAGAGCGCGCAACCCAGGCUCCCACCAUCCCACCUCAGGUUUCAACUCACAGCAAAGGACUGAUAAACAAAGAAACCAUGGAAUGUCCAGAUUCCACAGCCCCAGAUCCACGUGAUGGUACGAUGUUCCCCUGUGAGAUGUACAUCUGGGCUCCCUUAGCUGGUGGUUGUUUCCUUCUGCUCGUUAUGUUGGUGAUAACCCUGUUGGUGUGCUAUGAUCCGAGAAGGAGGAGGAGGAAAUGCAAAUGUAAAAGGCCUCUGAAAGGAACCAAUGGGACGCUCGCUUUGCCACGCUAGACCAUGUAACAGCACUGGAGCAUUUCAACUGGAUUUCCACUUUGCCCUCUCACUGUAUCGUACCCUUGAACAUUACAAAGACUGUUGCGUGCUCAUAAUAGCCCUGUGCUUCCUACCAAGGGUGAAUGCCUUAGCCUUACAGCUUUUGGGGAAUACCUUUCUCCACCUGCUGUAUGUUGGAUGAAUUUACUCUGGAUUAGGAAACUGACCCCAUAACAGUUUACUUUAAGGGGAGGCGGGGUGGGGGACAAAAUGUAAGGAUGUCUAAUAGAUCUUCAUCUCACAAUCAACUUGGUUGUGUGCAUGGUAGAAAAGUAACAAGCCAAAGACAUUCAACAACAUUUACUAUCUGGAUAGACAGUUUAUUGGGGAACAAAGUGGAGCAUUAUGCUGCGUUCUGUAUCCAAUAAUAUCAUGCUAGACUUGUUGCAGCU